AUUCUGAAGAAAAAAUUAGUAUUUAUUCUUAUUACCAACGAAGGUAUAAGUUAAAUUUAAAAUAUUUGCAUCUCGUCGAACUUGAAGGUCGAAAGAAUGAUAAGAUUCCAAUUGAAUUAUGUGACAUUAUUGAGGGUCAACGAUUUCCUGUUGCAAAGUUAUCUAGUGCUCAAAGAGGACACAUGAUUAAGCAUACAGCAUUGCGUCCUCAAGAAAACAUGGAUAGAAUUACUGAAGGUGUUCAGAAUGUCCUACAAUUCGAAAAAGAUAUUAAAUUGAAAAGAUUUGGAAUGGCAGUCGAAGACAAAAUGACAGUAAUUCCAGGCAUCUAUAGUUUAGAGAAUAAUAACGCACAUUGUGUUCUCAAUUAUAUUUAUAUUAUCGUUAAACCUCGUGAAGGUGGAUGGAACCUUCGAGACCGAAAGUUUGUCAGAAGUGGUAAAACGCUUCAAUAUUGGGUGGUAGUUGCAUUUGUUCAACAACAAAAGUUAUCAAUUCCGCAAGCCAAACAAUUCGUAAAAGAGCUUGUAAACACAAGUAGAAGUCAAGGAAUGGUAGAUAUCGCUGAAGGCAAUCCAAGAGUAAAUUAUGUCAAGCCCAAUGGUGAACCACAUACCUAUCAACAUCUUGUUGUACAAGAAUAUAAUAAUGCUAGAGAUCACCUAAAGAAUGAUCUUCAAUUAAUGUUGUUUAUUCUUCCGGACGAUGAUGAGAAACGAUACCGAGCAAUAAAAUACACUGCAGAUACAGUUCUUGGUGUACCUUCACAAUGUGUCCAAGUUGAUAAAGUAGGGAAGACAAACAAACAAUAUUGCGCAAACAUUGCAUUAAAGAUGAAUUUAAAACUGGGAGGAAUAAAUCAAUCACUUGAAGAUGCCGAAAUACCUCUUUUCGCAAAUGAACCAGUAUUGUUGCUGGGUGCUGAUGUUACACAUCCAACUGGUGGACGCGCUGGUCCUUCAAACAUGCCUUCUAUAUGUGCAGUUGUUGGUUCACUCGAUCGCCAGGGUGGUCGUUUUACUCCAAAACUUGAAAGUCAAAAAACUAGACAAGAAAAAAUUGAAAAUAUGAGUGGUAUGGUAUUUGAAAUCUUGAGAGAUUAUCGUGAUAAAAAUAGUAUUUUGCCUCGACGAAUUAUCAUGUACCGAGAUGGUGUUUCUGAAAGUCAAUUUGAAAUGGUACUGACUCAUGAACUUGAACAAAUUAAAGGCAAAUUACAUUUGGAACAACAGCAACGUGGUGAAACAGAAUUCGUUUUGAAAGAAGUUAAAGAAAGCCUAGCCAAAG